ACCUUGAAAAUGAUGUAAAUUCAGACAGCAUUGUUACUUACACUGUCUGUGUCAGUUAUAACCCAAACAGCCCUAUGACUGGAAUGGGCAUUGCAGACAUCACAUUACUUAGUGGAUUUGAAGUGAAAAUUGAAGACCUGGACACGCUUAAAAAGCCCCCAGAGCAAUACAUUAGUCAUUAUGAGCUGUCAUCUGGAAGAUUGCUGAUGUACUUCAAUAAGCUGUAUGAAACCAGGGAAUGUGUGAGCUUUUCUGCUAAUCAGAUGGUGCCAAUUGGCCUUUUGCAGCCUGCCCCAGCUGUCUUCUAUGAUUACUAUGAACCUGAUAUAAAGUGCACCGUGUUCUACUCGCCUUCACGAAGAAGCAAGUUGGUCUCCACGUUGUGCUCAGAGGAUGUUUGCCAGUGUGCAGAAAGACCCUGUCAUAAAGUACAAGAGACCUUCAAAUCUAACCGAUUCAAAAACAUAAGGAAGAAUACUCGUUUUGAAUAUGCAUGCUUCUCCCCCCGAGUGGAUUAUGCUUACAUUUUAGAAGUCCAGGAUAUUUCUGUUAAGAGCAACUUUGAGCUGUACAGCACUAAAGUCGUCGACGUCCUCAAAUAUCAUGGAGACCUGCGUGUGACAGUCAACAGUGUUCGGGUGUUUGCCAAAAGGCUUCAGUGCAAAGGGCAGCUAGAAUUAGGAAGACAGUAUCUGAUUAUGGGCAAAGAUGGUUCCACUAAAGACUUAACUGGAAACAUGCAGUAUCUGUUGGAAUCAAACACCUGGGUGGAAAAGAAACCGCUAGAUACCGACUGCAAAAAAUCCGCAAACAUACGUACUUGUAAUGAGUUCAACGAAUUUAUUGACGAGUACAAAACCGAUGGCUGCAGACAGUAAAUGUGACUCAUGAAUCUGUUAACCUUUACUGCAAUUUACACAUUACAACUGAUGGAUAAAUUACCUUCUGUAACAUAAAAAAUAUAUAAAAGUAAUAAUCACACUGAAAAUAAAUUACUUGCUAGAGCGCCACUUUAUUUUUUCCAGUUAAUGCAUUGUUUUUAUUUCCUCAUGUUGGAGUUACAUGAUAUGUAGCUGAAAUAAACAUGACUUCUUGUUGGG